GAGCUGAUGACAGUUUAGCUUUCACAGUCUGUAGCCCGGUGCAUCUGCAGCCCAAUGGGGCUGGGUGCUACUAAGCGAGAGGAAUACGAGCAGCUCUGCAACACUGCAGCAAAUAGCACUCACUGCAGACAGACAGGCAGAGGGAGGGUCACAAAAAGCACUGCCUGUUAAAGAAAGAGUCAUUUCAGCAAGCCAUAAACACACAGGCAAGCUUGUACUGUACAGUUCCUUAGCAGAGGGGGUGAGGAGCUGAAUAAAGGACACUGAAAAAAGGAGAACACUGCACAGAGGUACUGCAAGACCCACAGACCAGGACAGACGGACAUUACAGCUUCUUCUACAGCACAGAGACACCUGCAGCAGCACAGAUAGCAACCCCAGCACAGAAUCCCCAUCACUGUCAAAUGCAGAGCACCUAUAUAAAGGUCCAGGUAACUAACACAAGGGAUUAAGCCCUGGGGAUAUUAGAACGGCUGCGGAGGAGGUAAUGAUUAAUGAACGUAAACACAGUGUUUUAGUUCCUGGAAGAUUCCACACAUCCAACCAAGGAUUUCACUAUUGUUCAGGGUCCUUUCAUUUUGGAUUAACUCCAUGUUAAUACAGCAUGUUUGUUUAUGGAGGUGUCACAGUCCAAUAUGGGAAUCUCCAAGUUAUUCAAUUUUAACUGAUCUGCCAGGUGGGGAACUAAAUAACCAGGAAUUUAAUUUGGCAUUUGAAAAACUUGAUAGAGCCUCGUGCGCAAACAGCAAUAAAAAAAAAACAAAAAAACACACACACAGGGGAGAAAAACCUGUUUGGAAGGUACACAGAGCCCUUGAUCUGGUGUUCCUGAAAAUCUCAGUCAGUCUGGAAUGUUAAAAUGUUGGCAUUUCUGCUUCCUCCAUCCUUCUCUGAAGAUAAAGGAAGUCCAUUAUUUUUCAAUUCUGCAAGAUCCUGAGAUUUAUUUUUAAAAAUUAAUCCCAACCUGGCUCGGAAAUUAUUUUACAAGCUUCAAUCAUCUCAAAUAUGAGAUUUUGAGGACUACAACACCUUGAUGAGGUUAGUAACUUGUCACCUUCUACAUUUCUAAAGAAUAAGUACGUUGUUGGUAAAUGAAAUACAAUGGACAUCUGCAACAAACGUUCUUCUUUGGCUACAUUGUCUGGCGUUAAAUUACUGCCAAAACAACAUUUUUAAUUGUGAGUGGUUUCCUACUUCUCCAGCCACAUGCAGGGGGCUUUAGGAGAAAACAAAGUUGCGGACAGUAAUGUAAAAAAAAUUCUUAUGUCGUGUCUGAAAGGGCAGCAGGUCAUCAUCAAAAUGGAGGCCAUGAAAAUCAUACAGGCUGAAAAAUUCUCUGAGUGCCAGAACACUCAGCCAAGGUACGUCCCUCAAUCUCGGAGGGAACCUCCAUUGGUUGCCAAAAGAGCCUGGCCCUCAGACUCCGAGAUAAUCGUCAACCAGGCCUGUGGAGAUAUGCCCACACUUGAAAACACCCCAAGUACUUUGGGUCUUCCUAGGACCCCUCCUCCUCCAAGACGGGAAAAAAUCUACCCUGGCCAGCGAAAAGCUAGUACAGAGAUUUGUUUUCAUCGUAAAACCCCCUCUGAUGAAGUUAUUGUGAAUCAAUAUGUUCUACAUCCAUCCACCCCUUGUGAACCAUUAGAGUGUCCAACCUGUGGGCAUAUGUACAAUUUUACCAACAAGAGGCCUCGUAUCCUCUCAUGUCUCCAUUCUGUAUGUGAAGAAUGUCUUCAGAUUCUCUAUGAAUCAUGUCCAAAAUACAAAUUCAUCUCAUGUCCCACCUGUAAGAGGGAGACUGUACUUUUUACGGACUAUGGCCUGGCAGCUCUUGCUGUAAAUACCAGCAUUCUCAACAGGCUCCCCACUGAGUCACUAUCCACAAAUCCAGUCCAAUGGAGCACUGACACAGACCGAAGCUGCUAUCAGACCUUUCGCCAGUACUGUGGAGCUGCGUGCACCUGCCAGAUUCGAAACCCACUGUCUUCCUGUUCCAUCAUGUAGCCUAGGACAAGCUCUGGAGAUACAGAGUGACCUCAAGGACUAUUAGUUUAUAUGUAUGUGCAGUAUUAUAAUAUAUGAUGGAUGAAGUAAGAACGAGGAAAGCUGGACAUAUAUAUCCAGUUUCUUUAUCAAGCUUAAUCUCAUAUCGGUGAAAUAGAUUUUGUGAUCAACAGUGAUAUCAAAAAAUAACAUUGUUUACACUCUUCCCAUUUGUCUUGAUGAUAACUUGCAUAUCUAUGUACUUUGUCCACCCGAGUACUCACCUCUAUGCUCUAAAUUUCAUUCCUUCUACUUUUUUUUGUUUGUUUAGUUUUUAUCUCUUUCUUCCUAAAUUGUACAAGCGGAAAUGUAUAGGAGCAUGGAUGAAUGGGUAUAAACAAUGUCUUUAUUAUAUCAGUUGACCAUGUGCCCUUUUGAGGUUGAUUUGCCAACUCUCCUAAUGCCAAGCACAACACAACAUGCAGCUGAGGUGAGAUGUACUGGGCAAAGACUGGAGAUAACACAGCUGGACACUGGAGCAGCAUAUCUGCGCUUCCCCCCCUUCUUGCACAUAUAGGGGGGGUAUUUCACACCUUCUGUCUAAAUUGUUUUGCCAAAGCUUUGUUUCAGCAGCUGGCUGAAAUUUUAACUGUAUCUAUUUUAAAUUAUAUGUUUUAAAGAAGCGCCAUACACUGAGUGUCCCACUUUGCAGGCUAUUCUUGCAUCAAAUUAGUUAAUCCUUUCUCUGUUAAUGGAGAUUGCAAUGUCUUGGAGUGAGAUACGUUGAUGACAUUCCAAACAGCAAAAGGGUUAAUUGUUGAUGGGAGAAUCAUAGUGGAAGGUGUUUCUAUAAAAGGGUAUGUGUUAAUCUCUAAAAUAAAGAACAAUGUGCUAUUUAAUAGCUUUUGCAAACGAGAGAUGAUUGUUAUUGUAGCUAUGCUUCUAAAUCAACUGAAAUUAUCAACAUCAACUACAUAAAAUGCUACAAUACAGA